GCAAACAGUUCCUCCUGGUUACUGAAUGAACUCCGAGCAGCACAGACGCAGACAGUAUUCCCUGUAGGCAGCAUUAAGUGGUUUUUCGUCAAGGCUUUUUUGUUUUUUGUUUUGUUUUUUUUGGUCGCUUCCGUCAGCUUGAGCUCCGAGUAUGCGGAACUCCCUGCAGACGGUGAUGAUGAAGAGGAUGUUGUGAAGGCAGGUUGUAACUGACCGAGCCACCGUUCAUCGAGCACGGAGAGAGAGAGGCGGACGAAACAUUUCGCAUCAUUUAUUUAGGAAACUGCGAAGCAGUUGAGACGGAGAAGCAAAGCAAGCGAAACCUUUUUUUUUUUUUAUUCUUUCCUCUUUCCUCUGUCGUCUAACGUUUCCAAUGAUAACACCGUGAGAACAUGAACACCGCUGCCUCCCUUCCUCUGUGACCGAAGCGGGCGCACACCGCCCGGGCCGUCAUCAUCAGCUGCUGCGGGGCUGGCUGACGGUUGACGGCGGUUAGCGGUUAGCGGCUAAUCAGCUAAAAAAAAAAAAAGCAGGUUUGACUCAGUGUUUUUGUUUCUGCACCAUCACAAUGAUAAUCGAGGAGCUGUGUUUCGACUUCAGGCCCAAACUUUCCUAAACUUUCUGAUGGAAAGGCUCCACUGACUCAAGAGGGAACAUAAAUCCUGUAUGCCGUGACAUACAGGACGGCGUCAAUCCAAAAUGGAGAAAAAGAAAACGUGCCCUCGCCUUCUUGACUACCUAGUGGUGGUCGGAGCAAGGCAACCAAGUAGUGACAGCGUGGCACAGACGCCUCAGCUCCUCCGCCGCUACCCGCUUGAAGACCACCACGACUUCCCGCUCCCACCAGACGUUGUGUUUUUCUGCCAACCAGAGGGCUGCCUGAGCAUACGCCAGCGUCGGGUUAGCCUUCGCGACGACUCCUCGUUUGUGUUCACGCUGACCGACAAAGACUCAGGAAUCACCCGCUACGGAAUCUGCGUCAACUUCUACCGCUCUUUCCAGCGAGGACAUCACCGUACUCGAGGGGAAAAAAGUGGCCACGCGGCAGAGGCGGCAGCGCAGGCGGCGGAGUCUGCCAGCGAAGGGUCGGACGGCAGCAGCGGAGGCCCGGCCUCCACGUUAUCUGCACCUAACAAUGCCGAGUUGGCGCCUCCUCCGUCCUCCGGAGAAGAGAGCGGACAACCGGGCGCCGAGCCAAACGCCGGCAAGUCCCCACAGCACAGACGGAGCGCCGCUAAGAUGGCAGCCAGGAACCGCAACAGCACGCUGACCUCGCUGUGCAUACUCAGCCACUACCCUUUCUUCUCCACCUUCAGGGAAUGCUUGUAUAUUCUCAAGAGGCUGGUGGAUUGCUGCAGUCAGAGGCUAACCCAACGAGCUGGGCUCCCUCGUGCUACCCAGAGGGACACCAUGUGGCGAGUAUUCACUGGGGCGUUGUCGGUGGACGAGAAAGGCAGCCAGCUGCUGGCCGACCUGCGGGAGAUCGAGUCCUGGGUGUACCGGUUGCUGCGUUCACCGGUACCGGUGGCGGGACAGAGGCGCGUGGAUGUGGAAGUCUUGCCUCAUGAACUCAAACGAGCGCUCACCUUUGCCCUGCCUGAUAACUCUCGCUUCUCCAUGGUCGACUUCCCCUUGCACCUGCCCUUAGAGCUGCUGGGUGUGGACGCCUGCCUUCAGGUCCUCAGCUGUGUCCUGCUAGAGCACAAGGUCAUUCUUCAAUCCAGAGAUUACAAUGCUCUGUCGAUGAGCGUCAUGGCCUUUGUGGCCAUGAUCUACCCUCUGGAGUACAUGUUCCCCGUCAUCCCCUUACUGCCAACAUGCAUGGCCUCUGCUGAACAGCUCCUCCUUGCCCCGACUCCCUACAUUAUAGGAGUACCGGCCAGCUUCUUCCUCUACAAAGCCGAUUUCAAAAUGCCGGAUGACGUGUGGCUUGUGGACCUUGACAGCAGCAAGGUUAUAGCUCCCACCAAUGCGGAGAUUCUACCACCUCUUCCAGAGCCCGAAGCAGGCGAGCUUAAGAAACAUCUGAAACAGGCCUUGGCCAGUAUGAGCUUGAACACCCAACCCAUCUUGAACCUGGAGAAGUUCCAGGAAGGUCAGGAGAUGCCCCUGCUACCGCCUGGACGAGAUAAGGCGUCGCCAUCCUCCACAGAGUUCAACCCCCUGAUUUACGGCAAUGAUGUUGAUUCUGUGGAUGUAGCCACCAGGGUCGCCAUGGUGCGGUUCUUCAACUCCCCAAAUGUCCUCCAGGGGUUCCAGAUGCACACUCGCACCUUGCGCCUCUUCCCCCGGCCCGUGGUGGCUUUUCAGUCCUCCUCUUUUCUCGCAUCUCGUCCACGACGCUCCAGCUUCGCAGAUAAACUUUCUCACACCCAGGCAGUGGAGUUUUAUGGAGAAUGGGCUCUCAAUCCUACCAACCUCGCCUUUCAGAGGAUACAUAACAAUGUGUUUGAUCCCUCUCUAAUCGGUGACAAGCCCAAGUGGUAUGCUCACCAGCUACAGCCGGUGCUCUACAGAGUGUAUGAUGGAAGCUCCCAGCUGGUUGAAGCUAUGGCUGGUCCCUUGGAGGACGAGGGCAAUGAGUCAGACCCCACAGACAGUGGUAGUGACAGCGAGGCAUACGACGACUCCAGCUCGUCCUAUUCCUCACUUGGAGACCUUGUGAGCGAGAUGAUCCAAGGUGACAUCCAGGGAGACACCCCAAGCUUGGACCCGCCUACCCACGCUGCACUGGGAGACGCCAGUGAGGUUGAGUUUCAAGACUUCGAGGACUUCAGGGAAUGUCAUGGCUCAGAGGGUCCACCCAGCGGGGACGGACCUGCCGAACCCUCCGAUGGACAACCUCUUCGCUCAAGCUCCAGCACAACCGCAAGCUCGAGUCCCAGUACAGUCAUCCAGGGAGUCAACCAUGAUCAGGGUGAAGCUCCUGAAAUUGAAGCAUCAGCAAGUGCCACUUUACAGAACCCUGUCCCUGCUUUGGGCAGUCAGCCAUUCCUCAGACCUCCAGCUGAUCCUGGCCUGGUGGACCCAGUCAACAAAAAGCAAGAGUAUGACAACCCAUACUUUGAGCCUCAGUACGGCUUCCCCUCAGAGGAUGACCCGGAUGCAGAGGAGCAAGUGGAGUCAUACACGCCUCGAUUCAACCAGAACCUCAAUGGCAACAAGGCACAGCGUCCUUUACGUCCCAGCAGCCUGAGGCUCCCAGGAGAGUCUGACGGAGAGGGAGACUCUCGUAACAGCUCGCCAAACUCCACCAUAUCCAACAGCAGCAAUGAUGGAUUCGGAGGACUAAUGUCCUUUGCCAGCAAUCUUUACAAAAACCACGGCACCAGUUUCAGUCUGUCCAAUCUUGCCCUUCCCAACAAGGCGGCGAGGGACAAAGCAACGCCUUUCCCCAGCCUAAAAGUAUUUGGGCUAAAUUCUCUAAUGGAGAUUAUAACAGAGGCCGGCCCGGGGAGCGGAGAAGGCGCGCGUGCACCGCGAGCACUUGUGGACCAGAAGUCUUCGGUGAUCAAGCACAGUCCAACGGUGAAGAGAGAGUCGCCCUCUCCUCAGGGUCGAGUCAACAACACGAGUGAGAACCAGCAGUUCUUGAAGGAGGUGGUGCAGAGUGUUCUGGACGGUCAGGGAGUCGGCUGGCUUAACAUGAAAAAAGUGCGCCGCCUGUUGGAGAACGAGCAGCUUCGCGUCUUCGUGCUGAGUAAGCUGAACAGAGCCAUCCAGUCGGAGGAGGAUGCCAGACAGGAGGUCAUACGUGAUGUGGAGGUGAGCAGGAAAGUGUACAAAGGCAUGCUGGACAUCUUGAAGUGCACAGUUUCCAGUCUGGAACACUCGUACACUAACGCAGGCCUCGGAGGAAUGGCCAGUGUCUUCAGCUUGUUGGAAAUAGCACGCACACAUUAUCAAACCAAAGACCCAGAAAAACGCAAGCGAAGUCCGACAGACAGUGCUGGCAGCCCGGGGAGUAAAGAGAGUCCUUCUGGUCGUAUGGAGACUGCCAGACCUCAGGGCCUCCUGAAUGUUCCCCACCUGCAGCUGCCGCACCACCCAACAACAACAACGGGCAAAGGAGCCCGUCAUUUUGAUACCCGGAGUCUGAACGAAGAGAACUUUAUUGCCUCGAUUGAAUUGUGGAGCAAGCACCAGGAUAAGCAAAAAGCUAUGGAAAAACCACAGAGGUCUGAAGGCGCAAAGCAGCAGCGCCCCCAGGUGGCCGAUGCAGAGGAGAAGAAAUCACAGAUCAGUGCCGAUAGUGGCCUCAGUGUCACGUCUGGAUCUCAGAAAAGCGACACAGAGUCUGUAACGAGCUCGGAGCCACCGAUCCUGACGAGAAGCACCAGCCAGGACUCGGAGGCCAGCACAGUGAUAAGCAAUAGCUCCGGAGAGACUCUCGGCGCUGACAGUGACCUGAGCAGCACAGCAGGAGACGGCCUCGGUGGGAGAAUGGCCCCUCACUUAAAUCAGUCCAGAGGGACUCUGUCUGACAGCGAGAUUGAAACCAAUCCAGCCACCAGCACAGUGUUUGGAAAGACCCACACUCUGAAACCAAGUGCGAAAGAUCAUGUACUCGCUAUGGCAAAGGGGCCGCCUGCUCAGCCCAUGGAGGACAUCAGUAUGAGGAUCUACCUUUGUGAAGGCCUCCUGGGCCGCGAUAAGAGCUCCGUUUGGGAUCAACUAGAGGAUGCUGCCAUGGAAACCUUUUCUCUAAGUAAGGAGCGCUCCACACUGUGGGACCAGCUUCAGUUCUGGGAGGACGCUUACUUAGAUGCUGUGAUGUUGGAGCGUGAGGGCAUGGGAAUGGACCAGGGACCCCAGGAGAUGAUUGAAAGAUACUUGUCUUUAGGAGACCAUGACCGCAAGCGUCUGGAGGACGAUGAAGACAGACUUCUGGCCACCUUGCUGCACAAUAUGAUCGCAUACAUGCUGAUGAUGAAAUUGAGCAAAAAUGACAUCAGGAAGAAAGUGAGGCGUUUGAUGGGGAAGUCCCACAUCGGCCUCACGUACAGCCAAGAGAUCAACGAGAUACUGGACAAACUGGCCAACAUGAACGGCCGUGAGCUCGCCAUCAGGCCCAGUGGAAGCCGUCACAUCAAGAAGCAAACAUUUGUUGUACACGCCGGCACUGAUACCACAGGAGACAUCUUCUUCAUGGAGGUUUGUGACGACUGCAUAGUCCUGCGCAGCAACAUCGGCACGGUCUACGAGCGCUGGUGGUACGAGAAGCUCAUCAACAUGACUUACUGCCCCAAGACCAAGGUGCUGUGUCUGUGGAGACGCAACGGCCAAGAGACGCAGCUCAACAAGUUCUAUACCAAAAAGUGUCGUGAACUCUACUACUGUGUUAAAGACAGCAUGGAGAGAGCUGCAGCAAGACAGCAAAGCAUAAAACCAGGUCCGGAGCUGGGCGGAGAGUUCCCGGUCCAGGACAUGAAAACUGGUGAAGGUGGACUGCUGCAGGUCACGCUGGAAGGAAUCAACCUUAAAUUCAUGCACAGCCAGGUUUUCAUAGAGCUGAGUCACAUUAAAAAGUGCAAUACAGUGAAGGGAGUCUUUGUCCUGGAGGAAUUUGUUCCUGAAACUAAAGAAGUGGUGAUCCACAAGUACAAGACCCCCAUGGCACAUCAGAUCUGUUACUCGGUCCUCUGCCUUUUCUCCUACGUGGCAGCAGUGAAGGGGAAGGAGGCGGAAGGAAAACCCAAGAUCCUGUCACCGAGACCCCUUCCUAGCUAGUCUACACCUCCCCCCGUCUUCUCCCCUCUCUCCCUCCUCCUCCUCCUCCUCCCCUCUGUCCUCGUUUGCCUUUCUCCUCGAAAUGGCAUCUCGGCUCUAAAACCAGACAAUCCCUGACUUUACUCUAAGCACACAGUCCCUGCUCCCUCCUCCUGUAUAUACGAGCCUAAGACCCCCUGUCGUGUAGACGUGUUUGGUCUGUGAUGUCGUGUAAAUACUUCCAAACCCUCCCAUCGCUGUCGUCCUGAUGAUCAUACCGACUUAGCUAAAUGUUUGACCCCCACUCCACCCACCUCCCCUUGAGCUCCAGUCUUCUAUUGUUCCUGCCGCCAACUGUUUUUACCGAUUUAUGAGGAGAUACGAGGGAGCAAUGAGGCACAGAGUGCAUGCAGGUCCCGUGCACAGCCUUGACGAUCCACUACAUAGUAGCUCCGACAUCCCCCCAACCCAACCCAACCCUUCCUACCUGUCUCCAUACGACUGUGUGAGUUAUCUUGUGAUAUGUGGUUACUGUAAAGUUCCAAGUCUGUCCAAGUUUCAAGCUGGUGAAAACAUUCAGAGACCCUCUCGUAGUGCAGGACGUCCCACGCUGAUGAAAACGCUGCUGUAUACUGCACCGGAGCACCGCAUGUAAACGCUUCUUCAGAGUGUUUGAGCCCUAAAAUAAUGUGAGUGUUCUCAGAUGUGUUCUCUUUGCCCUAUACUGGCCCGCCAGGCUGAAUUACUGUUCUAGUUCUGCUGUAAAAUUUCUCGUCUGUGGUCUGCUGUUAUCAAUUGCAUGUUACUAUGAGGAUGAAAAAUAAAUAUUAUAUAUAUUUCUAUAUAUAGUAUUUAUUUAAUAUAUACAUAUACUGACUGUACAUUUCUCUGGAGAAAAACAAACAUGUUACAAAUUGUUGAUUUGCUAGAUGUGCAAUACUUAAUAAGUAGUUAGCCAUUGCCAGAGCCGGGUUUUCUUCAGUUCACUGGCAUUCACAGGAUGAAGAACGUGAGGAAGAACUUUUUUUUCUAUAGUACGUAUUGAAUGAAUACGAUGACACGAUGUUUAUAGUUUGUCUUCUGAACUCGCACGGCUGCUGCGUCGCUUAACGGAGGAUUUUGCACUCGGUGAUGUCACAGCAGGCGGUUGGAGGUGCACGGCUGGCUUUUCGAUUUGAAUUCAGCCACCACGAGUUAGUGAAAGGUGAAACACGUCCUCGAAGAGUCACGCUGCAGGGGGGGGCACUGUGGUGCGGUUGUUACCGACGUUCAGCUUUAAACUUCCACGUACAGGUUUGGAUUUCGUCAGCUUGUUGAGCUCUGUCUGGAAAUUUAAAACAAGUUGCAGCUUCAACCUUAUGCACGAUUUUCCCACUUUCACAUCAAGUUGUAGCUAUUGGACAUUUUCCAUAAUUCCCCAUAUCCACAUAUAAUAUUGUGCAACCCUGGCGUUGUUUGAGUGCACAGCCAAG